UAGUAUUUUCUGUGUUUUUUUCCCCCUAUCUAGUUGUGUUUCGAGUAUAUAUUUUUGUGUGGUUAACUUUAUUGACAGUAUUGUGUGUAGUUUCAAACAUUCUAAUAAUUAUUUGCUUUACGCACGACACCACCCAGCUGUUAACAUUUUGGAGGAUGGUUUUGCUUUUACCGUGGGUGUGAGUGGCGAUAUAACACUUUGAUCGGGUUGUGAAAAGCAGUUGGUUGUUCCAGUCCUUGGGAGUAUGCAGCAGUAAGCGCACCACAAGUGGGCAGUUUUUCUGCAGGAGAUGGAUGAUGUUUUUUGUGAGAGUCAGAAUCACAGGGAAUUGCAGCUCCCACCAUCCUUCUCCUAGAGAUGCUGUGUGUGUCUGAUCCAGAGCGUUAUGCCCCUGCAAGCAAAGGGGCUGGAGCAUUUCUUCCUCAAGAAUUGAGUUAGAGUGCAUCAGAAAGAAUCCAAAUUGCCACCCACUGUUGAUGGCCUUCCUGAAGCUUGGCUGUUAAGGUGAGCAGCAGCCCGCAGGAGCACGUUUUUCCAUUUAGUGGAGUGGAAGUUGAUUGAUGUACGGCUUCAAAUUUCACCCCUAGCCAACAUCACUGUGUGUGCAACUGUGACUAUUUUUGAGAUUGGACCUGAUUUCUGCAAUUCAUAGUGAGAGAGAGUAGCAGUAAUGAAGUUCGUAUAGGGUAUUAUGGCUACAAACCUACUAAAAUGAACUAGAGAAGGCUAAUUUUAAACUGCAGAAGAAGUGCAGUAGGAGGGAAUGUUACGGUGGACUGUACAUUUGGAAGGAGGGCCACGGAGAGUGAAUCAUGCUGCUGUGGCUGUUGGGCACAAGAUAUUCUCAUUUGGUGGCUACUGCUCAGGGGAGGACUAUGACACUCUUCGGCAGAUCGAUGUCCAUGUAUUUAAUGCCGUUUCGUUUCGCUGGAUGAAGCUUCCUCCUGUGAAGAUGAAUGCAGGAGAGCAUGCUGCUGAAGUACCGUAUAUGAGAUAUGGACACACUGCUGUUCUAAUAGAUGACGUCAUCUACAUUUGGGGUGGUAGGAAUGACACUGAAGGAGCCUGUAAUGUACUGUAUGCAUUUGAUGCCAGCAUACAUAAAUGGUCUACACCAAAAGUUUCGGGAACAAUCCCUGGAGCAAGAGAUGGGCAUUCAGCUAGUGUAUUAGGAAAAGUCAUGUACAUCUUUGGAGGUUAUGAACAGCUUGCUGACUGCUUUUCAAACGAUAUCCAUAAACUGGAUACAGCUACCAUGGUCUGGUCUUUAAUUAAUGCAAGAGGUACUCCUGCUCGCUGGCGAGAUUUUCAUUCAGCCACUAUUCUUGGUAGUAAAAUGUAUGUGUUUGGUGGAAGAGCUGACCGAUUUGGACCCUUUCACUCCAACAAUGAAAUUUAUUGCAACCGAAUUAAGGUGUUUGAUACAGAUACCAAUUGUUGGUUAGACACGCAAGCAGUAUCUGGACUACCAGAGGGGAGGAGAAGCCAUUCAGCAUUUGCUUAUCGAGGAGAACUGUACAUAUUUGGAGGCUACAAUGCACGUUUAGACAGGCACUUUAACGACCUUUGGAAAUUUUCCCCAGAUACGCUUUCUUGGAAGAAGAUUGAACCAAAAGGGAAAGGUCCCUGUCCUCGUAGGAGGCAGUGCUGUUGUAUGGUUGGAGACAAAAUUAUUCUUUUUGGUGGGACCAGCCCGUGUCCUGAACAAGGAAUGGGAGAUGAGUUUAACCUGAUGGAUCAUUCAGAUUUGUUCAUCCUUGAUUUUAGCCCCAGUCUCAAGACUUUAUGUAAAUUAGCAGUGAUUCACUAUAACCUGGAUCAGUCUUUUCUUCCCCAUGAUAUCAGGUGGGAGCUGACAGCCAUGACAACCAACAGUAACAUCAGCCGUCCAAUUUUAUCAUCACAAGGAUAAAUGAAUCAUCAUGGAAUGAAGAGUUGAUGCACCAGAACUAAUUAUAUAAUGUUAUUAAUGAAGGGAAAUCAUUUGUUGGAAAAAUAAGACAGGAGUGUUUUACUUCCUUAAAAUGGUUCAUGGUGUCUUAGUAUUGUGGUAGCUCUCUUCACAGUAUUGAUGCAAGUGCAUCUUGGACUUUUUGCAUAUCCACUUUGGAACCAAUGUGGAAUACUCAAGCCAUGAUCCUGAAUUAUGUGGGUUAUACACAUUGCUAAUGGAUAGAGUGUGAGAUGCCAAUCGACAGAUGAGUGAAAAGAAUUCCUAAUCACUGUAUAUCCUAGAUAGUUAAAGCAAUUAUUUUUUUUGUUUUUGUUUUGAAUAAUUAUAAAUAUACCUAAAGAUAAUUAUUUUUCUAAUUGAAAGGAUGGGAAUGGCAUGUUGACACAUUUUUGAUAGUUAAAGCAGGACACUUUACAAAUUUAAGUAUGGGUGUCACUGCAUGACUACAGGAACAGAGGCAGUAACUGAUUAUCUAAUGGAACUUAAAUAGCUGGUAUAGUGCUGCCUUCUAACACCGCCAGUAAGAGAUUGUUUUAUGUUCCAGAGUAACAGCCACUUCAAAGAAUUACAAAGAAGACUGAAAGUACAAGUGGAAACAUGUAAUGGAGCUUCAGUACUGACAAUUCCAGAUUUGAACAAGUAUUUUAUGAUUCUUAUGGAAAGGCUGAGCAAUAACCCAAGUGCAGCUUUGUGGCUCAGCUACCCAACUGUACACAUGUAGCAGAAGAUCUGAUUUUUGUUUAGAAGUUACCAUUUCUACUAUUAUAUGAAAUUGGAAAACA